GAGAGCGGGAGGGAGAGCGAGCGGGAAAGCUGACGAUGCUGCUCAGCAGACGGCUAAAGCUGAGCUGACGGCGCUUCAAUCAGGCCAGCCUCAGUAUUGAUCAGCGUAAAGUCAUCAAAAGCUGCGGGGAACGAGGUCACUUUCCUUUCACCCGCUUUCCUUGUCAUCCCAGCUUCCCUCCCACUUCUUGAUUCAUCCAUCCACAACCACUCACCUACCUCAUCCAUACCCGCUCCUCGCGCCACACGCGACACGCCACCACCAUGGCCGUGCUAGAGGAGACUAGCACCUCGUCGUCGCGAGCAUCGUCGUCGUCGAGACGGGCAGCCGCCGCUCGUUGCUCUCCAGCCUCGGAAACCUCAGACGAAGAGAAGCGGCAAGUGGCAAAGACGCCCAGCAGCGAUGAGGAGACCAAAGAUGAAGAGGAAGGUUUCAAGUACAACCCUGGCGAGAGGCGCAAAGCGGAACUCAAGCUACGACAGCAUGCCUGGCAAUUCUGGAGGUGGAAGGAGCCGCCCCCUCCACCACCCUUGAGCAUGGACGACGCCAAAGUGACUCCAAUGGCCAAUGCCAACAUCUUCAGUCAGCUUGCCUUUCAGUGGGCCACGCCCAUCAUGGUUCUGGGUUGGAGAAGAGCUUUGGAGGCAACGGACCUCAACAAGUUGCCCUCACAACGAGAGAGCGACCAUAUGUCGGCGUUGCUGCUGGAAGAGUGGGAUAGGCAGUCGGCUGAGGUGGCCGAGUUCAAUCGCAAGCUUGAGAGUGGCGAGUCCCGCAUCAGCCUAGCUCGUAAGGCGCGAUGGGCCAUCAACAUUGGCCUCAAGAAGGCUACCGGCCGCAAGCUAGAGGCCGGUGCGACAUUGGCAGAGCGAGAGGCUAUUUGGCGUCGGCCGCCACCGCCAGGAGCAUUGGCGCCUCCGGUACCCAAGAAAAAGGGGCCCAACAAAGGCAAAAGUGCGCCUCCUGCGCCACCACGCCCACCCAACUACAGCGGUCACAAGCGCGCCUCGGUGGCGUGGGCAUUACACAAGCAGCUCAAGUGGCUCGUAUGGUCAAGCGUGGCCGUCAAGGCAUUGGGAGACAUCUCGCAGGUCACCUCGCCCCUCGUCGUCAAGCAGAUUAUCAAGUUUGGUCAAGAGCGCUACGCCGCAGCUCACAUGCCCGCCGCAGCCUACGAGCAGGCCUUUGGCGGUUCACCUCCGCCACUCGGCCACGGCAUCGGGUACGCAUUCCUACUCUUCUUCAUGCAGUGGUUUGCCAGCAUCUUCACGCACCAGUUCUUCUACCGAGCCAUGUCAGUAGGCGUCUAUUCCCGAUCCGCUCUCAUUGCCGCCAUCUUCAAGCGCGCCACCAAGAUGAGUGCCAAGGACAGGUCGCCGGGCAAGCUCCUGAAUCACGCCUCGACCGACGUCUCGCGCAUCGACUUUGCUUCGGCGUGGUCCUUCAUGAUCUUCACGACCCCAAUUCAGCUCGGCAUAUGUCUGGGUCUGCUCAUCGGACAAAUCGGACCCUCUGCCCUCGCCGGCUUCGCUCUGCUGAUCAUCUCGUUCCCUUUCCAGGGCUUCAUCAUGAAGAUCAUGUUUGCAGCUCGUGGUGGCUCAAUGGUGUUCACGGAUCAGCGCAGCAAGCUCAUCAAUGAAUUGUUGGGCGGGAUGCGCAUCGUCAAGAGCUUUGGCUUCGAGGUCAACUUCCUCAAGCGACUCGACUUUAUCCGACGCAAAGAGCUGCAAGGAAUCCGCAAGAUACUCACGUUGCGCAGUUUCGUUAAUGCCGUCUCAUUCUCCCUGCCCACCCUGGCCGCCGUCAUUGCGUUCCUCAUUUACAGCGCACUCGGUCAUGACCUCAACCCGGCCAACAUUUUCACGGCUCUCACCUUGUUUCAGCUCCUACGUAUGCCGCUGAUGUUCUUGCCGCUAUCCCUCUCCGCGGGUACCGAUGCCUACAACGCCUUCCUUCGACUUCAAGGUGUCUUUGAGGCGCCGCAGAUGAAGGACACGUCCGAGCUUGACCCGGACGCCGCGGACGCCGUGCAGAUCGUCGACGCUACAUUCCAGUGGUUCGAGGUCACCAAGUCGGACACGAUGGGUGGCAAGAAGUCGGAUGGCGCUGAGACCCCUCGACUCAAGGGCCGCAAGAGGAUGCUGAUGCGCAAGAAGGCCGAGGCCUCGAAGAUUGACGCAGCCGAUCAAGCAAAGGCGGAGCAGGCAGCUGGAAGCGCAGGUGACCAGAGCGAGGCCACUGCAAAUCUGGCUCAAGUCGGUCCUAAGAUCACAGACGCUGGUGCGCCUGCUGCCGCAGCAGAGCAAGAGCCCUUCGCGCUUCGUCACCUGGAUCUCUCCAUUGCGCGCUCGCAGCUGUGCGCCGUCGUAGGGCCAGUGGGCAGUGGCAAGAGUUCGCUUCUUGCUGCUUGCCUGGGAGAGAUGCCGCAGAAGGAGGGCAGAAUCAUUUGGGGCACCAAGUCGAUUGGUUACGUACCUCAGCAAGCGUGGAUCCAAGCAGCUAGCCUGCGUGACAACAUCCUCUUCGGUCGCACGUUUGAGCAGGAGCGAUACUGGCGCUGCAUCCGUCUCGCGGAGCUGGAAGGUGACCUGGCUGCUCUGCCUCAAGGCGACCUGACUGGUAUCGGAGAACGCGGUAUCACGUUGAGUGGUGGCCAAAAGCAGCGUGUCUCCAUUGCACGUGCUCUCUACCUCGACCCGGACAUCUACCUCUUUGACGAUAUUCUCUCGGCACUCGAUGCUCACGUCGGCAAGUCGAUCUUCCAGAAUGCCAUCCUCGGGCUCAAGGCGCGAGGCAAGACGGUGCUACUCGUCACGCACGCUCUUCACCAUCUCCACGACGUCGACCGCAUCAUCACGAUGGAGGACGGUCAGAUUGCGGAGAGCGGCACGUACAAGGAGCUGAAAGGCCGCGAGGACGGGGCAUUCGCUCGCUUGAUGGAAGAAUUCGGAGGAACUGCUGAGGAAGAGGACGAAGAAAAGAAGGAAGAGGAAGAGGGAGGCAUCGAAGACGCCAAGCACGACGAUAAGGAGGACGCCAAGCGCAAGAAGGAGGCUGGCUCAGGCAUCAUGACGCAAGAACAGCGCAACACCGGCUCCGUCUCUGGCAAGGUGUACAAGGAUUACAUCCGCGCUGGGCGGGGAAGCUUCAUGCUUCCCCUGAUCAUCAUCACCAUCUGCAUCGUACAGGUCAUCACGGUGCUCAACAGCUACUGGCUCGUCUGGUGGCAGGAAGAAUACUUUGGCGUCGGGCGCCAGGGUCUCUACAUGGGCGUCUACGCUGGGCUUGGAGUCGCGCAAGCCGUCUUCCUCUUCUUUUCGGGCUUCUUUACGAGCAUGCUCAGCUUCUGGGCAUGUGCGAAUCUGCACAACGACGCGAUGACGGGGAUCAUCUUUGCCAAGAUGUCCUUCUUUGACACGACGCCGGUGGGUCGCAUCAUGAAUGUCCUCACCAAAGACAUCGACGUUGCGGACAAUCAGAUCGCCGACGCCUUCCGUAUGGCCUUGAACACAAUUGGGCAAGUCUUGGGCAGCAUCAUCCUCAUCACGGUCCUGACGCAUUACUUUGUGGUCGCAGUUGCCGUCGUCUGCAUCGGCUACUACUUUGGCGCCCUCUUCUACCGCAGCUCUGCUCGCGAGCUCAAGCGGUUGGAUGCCAUUCUACGCUCCAGCCUCUACGCCCACUUCUCCGAAUCUCUCACUGGGCUGACCGUCAUUCGCGCCUACAAUGAGGUGCAGACGUUCACGCGCGAGAACAUGAAGCGCAACGACGAGGAGAAUCGGGCGUAUUUCAUGACGAUCAUCAAUCAGCGCUGGCUGGGUGUGCGCUUGGAUCUUCUGGGCGCCAUUCUGACAUUCGUCGUCGCGCUACUGGUCGUCUGCGCCGACACAAUUAGCCCUGGCAAUGUGGGUGUCGCUCUAAGCUACGUGGUCACGACGACGCAGUCCUUUAGCUGGAUGACGCGCCAGAUCGCCGAGGUCGAGAACGACAUGAACUCCAUCGAGCGCUUGACGUACUACACCAAGUCGCUGGACCAAGAGGCCGAGCAGGAGGUGCCGAAUAAGGUCGGCCCAUCGUGGCCUGAGCGAGGCGAAAUUGACAUCUCCAACAUGGCUCUACGCUACAGGACUGGGCUUCCGCUGGUCUUGCACGACGUUAAUCUCAAGGUGCACGCCGGCGAAAAGGUGGGCAUCGUCGGGCGAACGGGCGCGGGCAAGUCCAGUCUGCUCACUGGGCUCUUGCGACUGGUCGAGCUUGAGCGCGGCAGCGUCCACAUCGACGGCGUCGACAUCUCGAAGAUGGGCCUGGCCGAGCUGCGACGGAAAGUGGCGGUGUUGCCGCAGGAUCCGCUCAUCUUUAGCGGCACGCUGCGCAGCAACCUCGACCCCUUUGGCGAGUACGACGAUGCGCGACUCAAUGAUGCGUUGAAGCGGGCGUACCUCAUCGACGCCGACGCAGAGGAGACGCCGCCGCGUCCAGCUACGCCGGCCAGUGGGCUCGACGAGAAGGCCGGCGACGACAAGGCGGGCGACGACAAGGCUGUCGCAGCGACUCGCCAGCAGCGCUUCAGCUUGGACACGCCCGUUGAGGAGGAGGGCGCCAACCUCAGUCUGGGUCAGCGAUCGCUCGUCUCCCUCGCUCGCGCCCUGGUCAAGGACUCGCAGAUCAUCCUUCUCGACGAGGCCACGGCGUCGGUUGACGUCAAGACGGACGCUCGCAUUCAAGAGACGAUUCGCACCGAGUUUGCCUCGCGCACGCUGCUGUGCAUCGCCCAUCGACUGCGCACCAUCAUCUCGUAUGACCGCAUCGCCGUGUUCGACGCGGGCAGGGUCGUCGAGUUUGCGAGCCCGCUGUCGCUCUUUGACCGCCCAGACGGCAUCUUCCGCGACAUGUGUCUCAAGGCUAGCAUCACGAGAGAGGAGAUGGUUGCGGCGGUGCGGACGUAGAGAGACGUUCGUUGUGUCUGGAAUCGUUGUUGUCAUUGUAAAUCCAUUUCUUCCCCUGCCUCGAGGCGUGUGAGAAUUUGAGCGAAGUCGUGGCUCGAUGGGUCGAGGAAGGACAUGUGCAGGGAACGUCGCGUAAUCGCACGCAGAUCGUCUGCGGAGAGACUGAAAGCGGCGAUGGCAAUGGCACAUUCGUUGCUCAGGCUGCUACCGAAUACGGCGCAGUCGUCGGUGCAUAGCGCAACCGGGUGUCCGCGGCCGUGGUGGAGGGCGAAGUGAUGAGCUGCGUACGUGGGGAUCGUCGAGGAGCAGGUGAGGACGUUAGACGUCAAGCAGAGCUCGAUUGGGAUGCCGCUCGCCCACAGCGACGACUGAUUCUCGCUCGAGAGGAAGCAGAGGUGGCCAAAGCGGUC